AUGAAGUUUUAUUGUGUUGUAUGGCUUCUUUUAGCGGUAAAUGUGGUUUUUGGUAAUAAAUCCGCGAAAUUCAGACACAGACCAACAUUUCUAACGAUCUCUACGGAAACGAGGAGGGACAUAACAAUUCCGAUCGUGGUCCAUUUGGAUUUUAAACUCUCGAAAAAGCUGGCUAAGGAACACAGCUUCAAGACUAGAAAGAAGAUUAAAACCAUCGUCAGUAAUGUUUUUAAAGAAGCCAAUGUGUUAUUCAGACGUCCAAGCCUGAACCAGACUAUAACGCUGAAACUUCUAGACACAAAGUUUUUCAGAAAAACCACUGCAGUAGCCAUGGACGAGAACGCAACGAACUAUUUGAGAAGCUAUUGCCAGUGGCAGAGUUUGAAGAAAGUUAAACAAAAGAAAUUAUAUUAUUCGGUUCUGUUGACUGGCCUUGAUUUGUUUUAUAUCAAAAAUGGGAGAGCCGUUAAAAGCUCGACAGCUCGUAGUUACGCCAACGGUGUUUGUAGUAUGCAGAAAAGCUGUACCCUGAUUGAAUGGAAUCCGAAAAAUAUGGGAUACUUGCUAGCUCACGAAAUAGGCCACAGUUUGGGAAUAACCCACGACGGCCUCCCGUUCAACAAUUGUGGAGGGUUUAAAGGCAUCAUGCAGCCAAAAUAUGACUCCUCCAAUCACCCGCAAGUUUGGUCUCCGUGUAGUAGAGUCUCUUUUGAGUAUUUUUUAAGGAGUGAAAAAUCUUGGUGUAUCCAGAACGAUGAGAAGCGGCGUUUAAAGUACAAAUUUAGCUGA